AUGAUCUCAAACGGACUGAACAAAGAGAGGAGGAGGCUGUGCUUCUCUGCCGGCCUGUCUGGGCCCUGUCCCCCCGAGCACUGUCCUCUGCAGAAUAUUGAUGAGGGGUCAGUGCAGAGGUCUGGGUCAGCCAAAGUGAUAAUCGGACCCUCCUCAGGGACUGGGGCAGUGCGGCGGCUUCGACCAAAGAAGAGCACACAAAUUCCUGCCGCCCUGGAGGCCACACUGUGGCACAGAGUGAGUGUGAAGUCAGAUCUGCAUUCGGGCGUUGCGGGGACGAGCCGGAUCCCUGCCACGGCGCUCACAUCUGAAGAUGAGGCUCAGUAUUGGUCCAGGACUCAGCUCCGCCGCUCCAUGACCGGAGCACUCACCAGAUCAGACCGUGACAAACGUCUGCAGGAGAGCUCUCAGGAGCACCUGUCCGCUCCGAGGGUGUGCGUGGUGGGUGAGGAGUGGGUGAGGAGGGGCCGGUUUGAGAGCGAUAACGAUCGGUGGCCUCGGCGAUCACAGAGGUGUGACUCCAUCUCGCUGCUGCACUUACAGCACCUGACAAAUGGAAGGACACGGACCCCUCACCACGCGGUUAGCAUUGACCUGCGGCCGCAUCCACACGCUGCUCUACACGCUUCAUUCAAAGGCGUAAAUGCGGAGGAGCGAAGCAUCCUAUUGAGCUUGCUCCAAGGACGCGCUCUCUGUGAGGAGAGGCUUGGGCAGUCGCUGCAGCAGGUGGAGAUGUGCAACAUGUCUCCACCUGCUGCAGUGACGGUAGCUUGA